GAAUGCUGCAGCAGUAAUACAUACUAGGUUAGGUAUCUAUCUAGUAACUACUAGGUAGGCUGUCCACCUAGGUAACUGAGGCGGACGGCCGGUCACAGACAUGACUGCCUAUGAUACAUACCUAGAUGAUUUAGUCAUAUCUCUCACAGCCUGCAUAUUUGUUAGGUGUGAAAGUUGCCGUUUGGAUCCUUGGAUGAACAGUGUACCUAAUGCACACAGCUGAAGCCAGCUCAGAGGGGCCUCAGACCAAUGAAGUCCAAUCCAAUCUACCUAUUGGCGAGAAGUGUGAGAUCAAAUCUUACCAUGUGACCAUUAAGCACGGUCAAACCUCCAAGGUGCCUACAUCAGACCCCUUUGGCAAAGGUAACUCCCAUGGCCAAGAUGAUCCCUACGCUUUAGUCAUCCGUAAGGAGUUCCAGGAACACAAGCCUGUGCAGACCUCUCUCCAAGUUAACUCUCCCUACAUCCAGAGGGCCUUCCGCGACGUCGUCAAAUCCUACGUCAUGGUACCGUCGGACUUUACCUCCUCCUUGGUACUACAGGCACCAUUCGAGAUGCUAGCCCACUACUGGGACGAGCUCGACGAAUACCGACAGUCCGCCGACGAAACGACCAAGGAGCAUCUCGACCUGCUCUUCGAGUUCAUGGAGCACGAGGUCAGGCCGGGACGCGAGCUGGCCCUCAAGAUGAUCCAGAAGCAGCAGAUCGCGUACGACAACGCGUGGUUCAUAUACCGGCCCGGCGACAUCCUGUACACCGAGAUCAGCGGCCACCCGUGGCUUCUGGUGUGCGAAAAGACCGCCUACGAGGAUGACCCUAACAUCGGCCCUUACUUCGAGGUCCACUGCAGUUACGCGGACGACAACGGCGUGGUUGUCGGCGAGGCGCCGCAUGUCGUGGUCAUGAACAAGAGGGGUGUGUUCCCCGCGGGCAAUGCGGUGGCUAUCACGGGCUUGGAAAUCUACCCGCGUGCGCUGGUGAAGGAGGGCGAGAGCCUUGAGCGUCGUCUUGAAGCGCGCGGGAAGAAGUUUUUGGCUAUGAAGGACUUAUCAACCGUGGCAUAUGACGGUUCUGCCGAAUGGCUGAAAGAACCACCCUUCGAUUACUAUGACCCGUCGAGGUGCAAGUUUAGGGGGGUGUGGCUGCCGUACACCGAAAAGGGGAGAGUAGUCCUGGAUCGGAAGACGUUUGGUGAGGAGCAGCCCCUGGGCAAGGCUCGGGUCAAGAUUAUGAGUCCUAACCCAGUACACUGUCCGCCGUAUACUCUUGGUUAUUCGCUUAGCCGUAAGCAGUGGUGUAGAUUCUUCGUUGAUUAUGUCCGAGACGUUGAAUGGAACCCGAACGCAUGGGACUCAUUGGUACUCCCAGAUAAGGAGAAGCAUCUCCUCCGAGCGCUCAUCUCGUCCCACGCGUUUUCCAAAAACCCUCGUGAUACCAUGCAGCAAAAGGGCAAAGGCCUCAUCAUCCUACUCCACGGUACUCCCGGGUCAGGGAAGACCCUCACAGCCGAGACAGCCGCCGAGGGAGCCAGGAAAGCGCUUGUUUCGACUUCUGUGGGGGAGCUGAAUAAGAAUGCUAGCGUGUUUACCAGCUCGGCAGCGUUCGAGAGAGAACUCAAGAAAGUGCUACAGUACGCGACGAUCUGGCAGGCUGUCGUCCUCCUCGACGAGGCGGACGUGUUCCUCCAAGCCCGGACAGAUGUCGGGAGCUCGGAACGUAACGCGUUAGUUGCUGUCUUUCUACGAGAACUCGAAUAUUUCAGCGGCAUCGUCUUCCUGACCACCAACCGCGUCAACUCGUUCGACGUCGCCAUGAAAUCGCGAAUCCACCUCUCCCUCAGCUACACCCCGCCGGAGAUAGAUGUGCGGCGACGGAUCUGGCUGCACUGUCUCAAGAUGAUCCCGGCGGAUGUGAAGGACAUCGAUGUGGACAGCGCCAUCGGGUUCCUGGUGACUGCCCACUUAAACGGAAGAGAGAUUUCCAACGCGGUAAACACUGCGAGGACGUUGGCGAGGUUCGACGAUGUGCCGCUCAGGCUAAAUCACAUUCAAACUGUGUUGGAAGUGCGCCAGGCGUUUGAUGAGAGUUUUCAGAAUGGUGGAUUGUCUUGAGGUUUAAUUAGCUACUAGUUAGGUUAGGUGGCUCGAUUAAUAUGCUAACGUCUCCUAAUAUCUGACAUGUCGGUAUUUACUAUUUAGAAUACUUAAUAUAAAACUUUCCUUCGACUCCUUAA